AUGUUCCAGCCUACAGAUGUGUUUUGUUUAGACUACAGCAUCUUUUUAAAGAAUUACUCACCAACAUUUGAAAUGAUAAAAUGUUUACAUAACAAAUCUGGAUCAGAAGAUCUGCCCAUGCUGGGACUUGCAUGCUCAUCAAAAAACAGCCAGCUGGUGUUGAAGCAGAGCUCCUCUGUAGAGGGGGCACCCGGUUCACCCAUUGACUGCAGGCCACACCUCUCCCUAUCGCCUCCCCACACAGAGGCUGAGGGUCUGUUCCGGUGGGUGAGUGCCCUUCAGGGUUGCUUCUCUCGUAAUGAAAUGGAAAGUUCAGGACCCACACCUCAAGUGACAUAA